AAUAUUUAAAUGGCACAUCCAUGAAGUGCGCUUCAAAUGAAGUCAAUGGAUGCGUGCAAAUGCUCUUACAUUUCAAUAGUGUACAUGUUGUUAUUUAUGAAUCUUCAUGUAAGAUUACAGCGAUAUGUUAAAUAUUAGUUUACCAUCGCGUUUAAUAAAAAAAUUUUCGUAUUUUCUCACAACAUUUAAGAGAAAUGGGAAAUUGCGUGACAUAACCUCUUUAUAUUGUACAUAUGUUCGGAACAGACAAGUGCAUUCAUCUCCAACCGGUGGCCCGUGGAGUGUAUUAUUUUUCGGAACGGACAAUUUUGCUCUCGAAAGCUUGCAAAGUUUGUAUAAUGAAUACAGAGCCAAGAAGCUAUGCCGAUUAGAAGUGGUAUCAGCAUACAAAGGGAAAAAGAAUGCUGUAAUAGAAUAUGCAGAAAAAAAGGAAAUUAAGGUUAUCAGAUGGCCACUAGAAAGCAAUCUACAGGGUUUUCAUAUUGGAAUAGUUGUCUCCUUUGGACAUUUGAUACCACUAAAUAUUAUAAAUUCCUUUCCGCUUGGUAUGUUGAAUGUUCACGCUAGUCUAUUGCCACGAUGGAGAGGAGCGGCUCCAAUAAUUUACUCCUUAAUUAACGGAGAUACACAGACAGGGAUUACGAUCAUGAAAAUAAUGCCAGAAAAGUUUGACAUCGGGGAAAUAGUGGCGCAGGAGAAAUUAGAUAUUCAUGUAGACGAAAUCUUACCAGAAUUGUAUGCCAAAUUAGCGAAAGUAGGUGCAAAUGUUUUGACCGACGUAAUAGGAAAAUUGCCACAAGCAUUGUCGUCUUCAAAACCUCAAGAAAAAAUAGGCAUAACGUAUGCACCCAAAGUUACAUCAAAGAUCUCUUUGGUGAAGUGGGAUGAGAUGACGGCGAAGAAUGUGUAUGAUUUGCAUCGCGGUCUUCUAGGAUUGUAUCCAUUAACAACCAAGUUCCAUAACACGACAAUGAAAUUGUUCGACAUUCAGCAGGCAUCGAAACCGAGUAGCGAAACAAAUCCGGAGGAUGAUGUACCAGGUUUCGUAAGAUUUGAUAGAAAAAGCGAUACGUUAAUUGUGACAUGUAAAGGACCGAGCUGGGUUUCAAUAAAAAAAGUGACAAUGACGGGUCGUUCGCCUAUGAGUGCAGUGGACUUUAGAAAUGGAUUUAUGCAAGGCAAAAUAAAAAAAAAGAUAUUUUUCGGUAAAAUGUAAUCCACAGUGCCGCUUCUAUCUUUGUAAAGACAGUUUUUUCACGUAAAAUUCUUUUGUAAACCUACGACAAUUUUAUCUAUAGAUAGAUGACAUCGAAACUUUUUAUUUAUUACGGUAGUAAAACUUAAUUUAGAAUGUACAAAAUGUAAUAUUAACGCAAUGACUUUAUUGUAUGAGAAUAAACAUUUCUGUUAUAUAUGUUUAUGUUUUCUUAAACAUGUGAGAGAAUUAAUAAAUUUGUUUCCAUCUUAAA